AUUUUUGGAAGUCCCAGCACAGUGACGCUUCCUGAAACCUUGUUGUUUGUGUCAACCCUGGAUGGAAGUUUGCACGCUGUCAGCAAGAGCACAGGCUCGAUCAAAUGGACUUUAAAAGAAGCCAGGCUCCCCAUUCAUUUCCCCGAUUAGUGCGACAGCUUCCUGACUGGUCCCUGCACCUGUCUUAUCCUCCCGUUCACCCAUCACGCUGCUGUCACACAUGCCCCCUGGAAAGACUGAUUGACCACACCACACCGCCGCUAAAAUACUCUUGGUGUUUGCUGUUAGCAGUACUACUCCAGGUGUGGUCUGCCCUCCUGUGUUACCUGUCCACGAGGAGAGAAGUACAGAGAGAGAGAAGCAUCACCCAUGGUGUGAUCCUCCACUGAUUAGUUUGGGGAGCACUGGCUCACAGAGUCAAGGCUACACUCCUCGGUAUGCAUGCAAGGCCCUUCGAAUCUGCUCUUGCCCACCUCUCCAGCCUCAACUCCCUAUUUUCCCCCAGGGUUGCCCCUUGUUCCAGCCACAACUCCUCUCCAGGCCUCGGAGACACUGGGCCUUUGCUUCUGCCCCCUCCUCUCCAGCAGCCUGCACUGCUGGGCAGCUCCUAUUCGUUCCAGGUUACCUCCUUGUUUCCUCAGGGUGAGCCCCUUCCUCAGGUGGCUGUUGGAGGCACUUCCUGCUGGCGGGGUGAAUUUUUGUUACCUUUGUCUUCCUGCUGAAUUUCUAACUCCUUGAAGGUGGGGUCUCUAGACACCCAGGGAUGCUCAGUGAAUGUCGGGGGCACCUGAUGCCCACUCGAGUUCCAGAAUCCUCCUGACUAGAUGUCCUUUAGGAGCCCUGACAAACAGAUGAGACUUGCCUCUGCCUCCUCAGGAGACUCACUUGCCACUCGUGCCACCGUCACCUUAGUUUCCAGGGCCAGUUUCUGAUCUGAGUUUCACAUGGCUUUGUGGCUUUUGCAGGAGGCUUUCUGUCCUCGGUUAGCUGUGUGCCUCUGGAAGUGUCCGACUUCUGCCCGCAGAGGUGUGAGGGAAACGUGAGAAGGGAAGUUGUGGGAAAGGUUGACAUUUUGUUAAUCGUCCUAAUCUCUCUUCUCCUAAGAACCUUCCUAGGCUUCAGAUAGGCAUCGCCACCUUCCUACUUUAUCUGCAAAGCAUAAGAAAAGUGUUUCUUUGUACUCCAUCGUCUUGGAGGACUGAAAAUUAAGUUUCACAAGAAGGGACAUGAGAGAGCCUGUUUCUGCUUUUGAGGAUCUUGGAAAUGUGUUUUCUAUAUUUUACUCUUUGUCAUGCAAGAUUCUAACCAUAAGCAGACAUAGAGAUGAUUAUAUAAUGAACGCUCAGGUACCCGUCACUCAGCUUCAGCCGUCACCAGCUGGUGUCCAGUCUCAAAUGUGCCCGCGCACAGCCUCCCUCACGCUCGGGACCAGCUUCAGAGCCACACACUCCCGUUGUGGCGAUGUCUCUCAGCCCACGGCCACCGCACAUAGCAUUGAUUUCAACCGCACUGGGCAGUCUUUGCUGCCUUACUUGGUAUGUAUCAGAGCACAGUUGUAAAUGUUGAAGUGCAUGAAUAAAAUCCGCCCCCCCCUUUUUUUUUUGCUGUGCCUUAGUUAUUUAUUUUUUUGUUCAUCUUGGGAUACCGUGUGAGGUUUGAUGGCACUCCCAUCACUCAAGAAUGAAUUCUGUGAAGUUAGGACAUGCUGAGAGGCAUCUGGUUGUAAGUCAUUGCCUUAUCCUCCCCCUUUAAUUUUCUUUACAACUGAUUGUACUGUUCAUUGUGUGUUUUUAGGUCUGACUGACUUCUGCCAAGGUGAAUAAGAGCCUAGUAGAAGUCAGCUGCCUUUCGUAUGGGCAGGUUUUUAGGUUAUUUUGGUAUCUCCCCAUGAUUGUUUUCGUCACGUAUGACAUUUGGUGACUUGCAGAGGUUACCUGUAAGAAAACCUGUUACGUCCUCUUCCAGUUCUGAUGAGAUUGGAUUUUUAGGCACUUUGGGUGACUAUUUUAAAGUGUUCUCCUCAUGCAAGCUGAAUUUUGAGAAACUUUUUGAGACUUUCUUCCCCACAGUUUGGAUCUAACAACUGAAUGGGAGUGAAGGGUGUAGACUCCGGAAGUGCUUUCCUCUGGAGGGAGCACUGAGCUGCCACCGGGGAGUAGUCCCUAAUCAUCUCACCUGAGCACGAGAAACAUAUUUGGGAGACUUGAGUUUUGAGUUAAGGGAGGGUGAAUGACCUUGGUUCUAUCAAUAAUUUUCAUAAGGAAACAGUGUUAGUACCUUAAGCAUUUUCUUGAGGAAGUGGCCUUUGUCUACUGCAGUCAGACUAGCUGAUCUAGUUUUACUGUUGGCUAGGAUUAAAAUGGUGUGCCCUCUACCUCAUUCCUUUCUUUCACUCCACUUUUCUGAUUGGGACUAAGUUUUGUUGGCCUUUCCUCCCUCCUUUUCGGUUCCUGACCAUCCCUCCUUUCCCCGCCGGGGCCCACCCUGGCCAUCUGACUGGGGUUAUUGAGUCGUCUUCCUCAUUACACUUUCUGGUUCCUUCUUUUUCUCAUUCGCUUAGUGCCCUGUCUAACCUUUUUUCAGAGGACUGUAUCACAUCUCUGUUUUUCUCAGAAGCUUCCCGUCAGUUCCUAGGCAGUGCCCGCCACGCCACAUCACAUCACGGAGUCUGACGCUUUCUCCCCCACGGUCUCGCUGCCUGCUGUCCAACCUGAUUUGCAUUCAGGAGGAACACUUCACACUUGCCAAGCCUGUGUCCUCAUUCCCACAAAGCGAUCCAGUUCUGCAGGUUCCAACACACGUCGAAGAGCCAGCCUUCCUCCCGGAUCCCAACGAUGGCAGCCUAUAUACACUUGGGGGCAAGCAUAAUGAAGGCCUAACGAAACUUCCCUUUACCAUCCCAGAGUUGGUACAGGCAUCGCCAUGCCGAAGUUCAGAUGGGAUUCUCUACAUGGGUAAAAAGCAGGACAUUUGGUAUGUCAUUGACCUUCUGACCGGGGAGAAACAGCAGACUUUGUCAUCGGCCUUUGCAGAUAGCCUCUGCCCUUCGACCUCUCUGCUGUACCUUGGGCGCACAGAAUACACCAUCACCAUGUACGACACCAAAGCCCGAGAGCUCCGGUGGAACGCCACCUACUUCGACUACGCAGCCUCGCUGCCCGAGGACGACGUGGACUACAAGAUGUCCCAUUUUGUGUCCAAUGGCGACGGGCUGGUGGUGACGGUGGACAGUGAAUCGGGCGAUGUCCUGUGGAUCCAGAACUACGCUUCCCCCGUGGUGGCCUUUUACGUGUGGCAGCGGGAGGGGCUGCGGAAGGUGAUGCACAUCAACGUCGCCAUGGAGACCCUGCGCUACCUGACCUUCAUGUCUGGGGAGGUGGGGCGCAUCACCAAGUGGAAGUACCCCUUCCCCAAGGAGACAGAGGCCAAGAGCAAGCUGACGCCUACCCUGUAUGUCGGGAAAUACUCUACCAGCCUCUACGCCUCCCCCUCAAUGGUCCACGAGGGGGUUGCUGUUGUGCCCCGAGGCAGCACCCUUCCUUUGCUGGACGGCCCCCAGACCGACGGAGUCACCAUUGGGGACAAAGGGAAGUGUGUGAUCACACCCAGCACGGAUCUAAAGUUGAACCCCGGGCUCAAAGGGAAGAACAAGCUCAACUACUUGAGGAACUACUGGCUUCUGAUCGGGCACCAUGAAACGCCGCUGUCUGCGUCUACCAAGAUGCUGGAGAGAUUCCCCUACAACCUGCCCAAACACCGGGAAAAUGUGAUUCCUGCCGACUCUGAGAAAAAGAGCUUCGAGGACGUUAUCCACCUGGUCGACCAGACUUCAGACCACGCACCCAGCACCGUUUCUCAGGAUGUGGAGAAGAAGUUCGCUCACGCCCCCGCCAAGCCCGAGGCCCCUGUGGACUCCGUGCUCAAAGACAUCGCCACCAUCAUCCUGAGCACCUUCCUGCUCAUCGGCUGGGUGGCCUUCAUCAUCACCUACCCCUUGAGCAUGCAUCAGCAGCAGCAGCUCCAGCACCGGCAGUUCCAGCAGGAACUGGAGAAAAUGCAGCUCCUGCAGCAGCAGCAGCUGCCCUUCCACGCACCCGGGGACGUGGCUCAGGACGCCGAGCUCCAGGACUCCUCCGGCCUGUACUCGGAGAGCUCGGGCACCAGCAGCCCCAGCACGUCCCCCCGAGCCUCCAACCACUCUCUGCACUCCAGCGGCUCUGCCUCCAGGGCCGGCACCAGCCCCUCCCUGGAGCAGGACGACGAGGAUGAGGAAACCAGCAUGGUGAUGGUUGGGAAAAUUUCUUUCUGCCCCAAGGACGUCCUGGGCCACGGAGCGGAGGGCACAAUUGUGUACCGGGGCAUGUUCGACAGCCGCAACGUGGCGGUCAAGAGGAUCCUCCCCGAGUGCUUCAGCUUCGCCGACCGCGAGGUGCAGCUGCUGCGGGAAUCCGACGAGCACCCGAACGUGAUCCGGUACUUCUGCACCGAGAAGGACCGGCAGUUCCAGUACAUCGCCAUCGAGCUGUGCGCCGCCACGCUGCAGGAGUACGUGGAGCAGAAGGACUUCGCCCACCUCGGCCUGGAGCCCAUCACCUUGCUGCAGCAGACCACCUCCGGCCUGGCCCACUUGCACUCGCUCAACAUCGUUCACAGAGACCUGAAACCCCACAACAUCCUCCUUUCCAUGCCCAAUGCACAUGGCAGGAUCAAGGCCAUGAUCUCCGACUUCGGCCUCUGCAAGAAGCUGGCAGUGGGCAGGCACAGCUUCAGCCGCCGCUCGGGGGUGCCUGGCACCGAAGGCUGGAUCGCCCCGGAGAUGCUGAGUGAGGACUGCAAGGAGAACCCGACCUACACGGUGGACAUCUUCUCCGCGGGCUGCGUGUUCUACUACGUGGUUUCUGAGGGCAGCCACCCCUUCGGCAAGUCCCUGCAGCGACAGGCCAACAUCCUCCUGGGCGCCUACAGCCUCAACUGCCUGCAGCCCGAGAAGCACGAGGACGUCAUCGCCCGGGAGCUGAUCGAGAAGAUGAUCUCCAUGGACCCCCAGAAGCGCCCGUCCGCGAAGCACGUGCUGAAGCACCCCUUCUUCUGGAGCCUCGAGAAGCAGCUGCAGUUCUUCCAGGACGUGAGUGACCGGAUAGAGAAGGAGUCCCUGGACGGCCCGAUCGUGAAGCAGCUGGAGAGAGGCGGGCGAGCCGUGGUGAAGAUGGACUGGAGGGAGAACAUCACCGUCCCGCUCCAGACAGAUCUGCGUAAAUUCAGAACCUACAAAGGUGGCUCCGUCAGAGAUCUCCUCCGAGCUAUGAGAAACAAGAAGCACCACUACCGGGAGCUCCCCGUGGAGGUGCGGGAGACCCUGGGCUCCCUCCCCGACGACUUCGUGUGCUACUUCACGUCGCGCUUCCCCCACCUGCUCUCCCACACCUACCGGGCCAUGGAGCUGUGCAGCCACGAGAGGCUCUUCCAGCCCUACUACUUCCACCCGCCCCCCGGGCCCCGGGCCCCCGCGACUCCGGACGCCACCGAGUCAGACCGGACUCCGUCCUGUGGCCCCAGCUGUGACUGAGCGCCCCAUGGCUGCAAUCAGAGCCUGAGGCCAUGCUUAGCAAGAAGACCAGGCUCCCAAACCAGUGCCUUGAGCCGCCUGCUCUGCAGCUGGCGGAGGAGGGUCUGACCCUAGACGGGAGAGGUGACCCCUCCUGACCUGCAGGAAGCUGGGAAGACGGGGUGAAAGCUUCACCCCAGGGAACAGCUGUAGGAAGGGAGCAGCAGAGCGUCUCCACCUCCUCCUGGAUAGACUGGCUUCAGACAUGUUUCUUUUUAAGUUUCAUGUUCGACAUCAGCCUGUAGGCCUGGAAGGAAGCGGGAGGAAGAAAUCCUAAGCUCUGCCUGGGUGCGGGGCCCCGGGGCUGCUCUCCCCGGCCGGCAGGCUGAGGGGCGCCGACGGAGGGACGGAGGCCACUGGUCACCGAGCACAGCACCCACGCAUCCCAGGUCCCUGGACCGGUGCUGCCCGGGGCAGUGGGUGUGGUGUCGGGAAGGUCGGCGCACGCUGGAAAGGGAGGCCAUGGCCGCCGGUGUCGGAAAUGGAGAGGACGCUCAGUUCCCAGGCAGCUGCGGCCUCCGUGGUGGCUUAUGGUGGCUUUGUGGCCUGGACCAUUUAGAGAUGUUUAGGAGCGUCUAGGAGCAAGAAGUGAUACUUCCCUGGCCACAAGGACCCAGGCAGGGACAGGCCUUCGGGACCGGAGGGUCAGGGGCCUACCUGGCCACUCAGAGGGCAGACGGUGAGGCCUCUCUGUCCCUGGAGCCAGCGGGAUGG